AUUGGUGAGUAAUACAUGAACUUCAAUAGCUAUCUCUGUUGUGUUCUCUAUUCUCAUCUGCAAAUUCUAUCUUCCAUGAUCUAUUGCCUACAAAAUAAUUUUCUCUAUUUAUGUUUUGUUCGAGUUCAGUUUCAAAUAGGAUUCCCACUUAAAAAUGGAUUACCUUCUUUUCAGCAACUGUUCUCUUUUAACCUCCUGUCUCCUGAUAGUUUGGCUCACCAAAGAGAAUUCCAUCUCCUCUUGGUGUUCCCCAGCUAAAACAGUGAUCUAGACUGAUUAUCUACUUGACAGCUUACCUUUAUUCCUCUCUUGUUAAUCUCUUUCCUCUCAGACAGUCUUUCAGCUGAUCUUUGGCAACAACUGGAUUGCAACAAUCUUCAUUUGUUCUGUUGAUAUUCCUCAGGUUCAUUACAUCUCUAGAAAGGGAAGGAACUCCAUCAUUCUUUCCCCCAUUUCUCAUUUGAUUUGAAGUGCCAACCAAAAUUUGGUUUUGAAAAGCCCCACAUCUUUCAAUAGAAGCACAUGAGAGUGGGUGCUAAUAAAAGGAACCAGACCCAUCCCUGGUUGCCCAUUGCCUUCCUUGCCUGAGGCUAGCUUGCAAACUGUGUCUUGGAUGUUUGUCCAGUCCUGUUUGUUCUUUGAUAUAAUGUUUGAGCAUAACUCUGUAUUCCAAACACUUAGCAUCUUCUAUUUUCCAUUACCAAAGUAGCUACAAUUAUCUCAUUCUACUUGCUCCAAUAUUUGAAUGUUGUUAGAUGAGAAAAGAUGAGCAUCCCUGAUUUGUUCAGAUGUCCAAUUAGCCUUGAUCUAUUCACAGACCCUGUCACUCUCAGCACCGGCCAGACCUACGACAGGCCGGGCAUCGAGAAAUGGCUUGCUGGAGGGAACCUUACGUGCCCGGUCACCAUGCAGAGGCUCCACGAUACGUCGCUGGUCCCCAACCACACCCUUAAGCACCUGAUUGAUCAGUGGCUUCUCACAGGCUGUGACCUCAAUCCAAAUCCAAAGCCCACAAAACUGAUCGAUGGUUUCGAGUUAUCCACCCUCAAACAAAACUUCCAAUCCCCAGAUGCCACACUUCCUGCAAAGCUUGAGACACUUCGAAAGAUCAGAUCGCUAUUGGUAGAGUCAGACAUUUCAUGCCUGAUCCACUCAGGCUUCUUUCAAUUGCUGCUAGAACUGCUGUUCCAAACUCCUUAUCAUGGUAAUGUGGAACUCAUAGAAUUAGCCCUCGAAUGCAUCCUAAAUUUAUCGCCUUCGAUCCAUGUGGAUUCUUUGAACAUGCUGAAGAAAGAAUCCUAUUUCGCUUCUUUGGUACUUCUUUUAGAACAAGGUAGCACUAAGAUCAAGACUAGCUUAUGCUAUCUAUUAGAGGAUAUUGCUACAUCUUUGGCAACUUGCGAGCUGUGCUUGUUCUUGGGACAGACACAGCGAGUGCUGCAAGCCUUGGUGGCUCUUCUACAUGACAAAACUGAUUCCAGUGCAUCAGAAGCUGCCCUUAGAGCAAUUUCCAGCAUAUGUUCCUUAGAAGCCAAUAGAGGUAAUGCAAUUAAAGAAGGUGCCAUCGAUGGCUUGAUCAUGUAUCUUCUGAAUUCAACUCAACAAAAUGUUUCUCAAGCUUUGGCCACAUUGGAGCUUCUUUUAGGACUAGAGACUGGAAAGAAGGCCAUGAGCAAGAAUUCGAAUGCCGUCAGUCUCCUUGUGAAGAUGGUGUUCAGAGUCUCAUCUGUUCAAGAAGGAAGCGAGCACGCCAUCGAGUCGCUGAUGAUCUUGUGCAGCGACUCAAGACAGAUGCGAGUGGAGGCCAUCAAUUCUGGGGUAUUGACACAGCUGCUGUUGCUGCUCCAGAGCCAGUCCAGCCCCAAAGCCAAAGACAAGGCCAGAGCAUUUCUGAAGCUGCUCAGAGCCAUGUGGAAUGAGGACCAAAGGUGGUUAUGAUCCUUCAUUUGCACUCUUAAAUAGCUGAAUGAUACCCUGUUUGACAACCUCAUUCUCAUUCACCAUGGAAGACUUGAGAUAUGUAUAGCCUCUGAAUAUUCCUCCAAUGAUAUAACAUUAAUCAAUUAAA